GCGAUGGUUUUGUUUUUUCUUUACUUUCUUAAUUUCUAGUUUUGUUUUUUCUUUACUUUCUUAAUUUCUAGUACAUUUGUACAAUUGGUGGUGGUUGAUGAAUGAUUUUGUAGUAUAAGUGUGCAAGUUGACGAUAAGGAGUGAGGAAAAAGAUGGGAGGCGUUGUAGAAAGCAGAGAAUGGUACUUAGCUGCAUAUUCUCCGGAGGGUGUUCCAACCUCCGAUCAUCUCAAACUCCGCACCGUUACUCUCUCACUAGCCUCUCAUUCAAUCCCCGACCACCACGUCUCCCUCCAGAUUCUCUUCAUCUCCGUCGACCCAUACCUCCGCACCAGACUCACCGGCACCGACGACGGCCUCUUCAUUCAGCAAUACCAACUCAACCAAGUCAUUACAGCGUAUGCAGUUGCGAAGGUAGUUGGAUCUAAAGACAGCAAGUACAGCGAGGGCGAUCUAGUUUUAGCCCCUUCUGCUCCGGUAGCUCAGUACUGUAUCGUUCCUUCCUCGAGUAUACUUCGCAAAAUUGACUCUGCUACUGGAAUUUCGUUGCCGGAUUAUCUAAGUGCCUUAGGGGUACCAGGGUUUGCGGCAUGGGUGGGAAUAGUGGUUCUGGGAGACCCGAAACCCGGUUCCAAUGUGUUCAUAUCUGCUGCCUCCGGUGCCGUUGGUAUGAGCGCCGGACAGUUAGCUAAGAUCCGCGGUUGUAGAGUCAUCGGAAGCACUGGUUCAGAUGAAAAGGUGAAGCUCCUCAAAGAAGAAUUUGGUUAUGACGAUGGGUUCAAUUACAAUAAGGAAUCAGAUUAUGAUGCCGCUUUAAGCAAAUACUUUCCUGAUGGCAUUGAUGUCUACCUUGAUAAUGUUGGCGGUAAAAUGCUUGAAUCUGUACUUAACCAUGUCAACAAACAUGCAAGGAUACCACUUUGCGGGAUGAUAUCUCAAUAUAAUAAGGUUUGGACUGAAAGAGAAGGGGUGAGGAACCUGUUGAAUAUGGUGGGGAAGCAGGUGAGGAUGGAGGGGUUUAUGCUUGAAUCGUAUGGGAAUCGUUUUGGAGAUUUUGCUAAAGAUAUGGAAGGAUACAUAAAAGAGGGGAAAGUUACGUCCAAGAAUAAAAUAAAUGUUGGAAUUGAGAGCUUUUUGGAUAGCUUAGGUUCCCUCUUUACCAGCUCUAAUAUUGGAAAAGUUGUUGUUCAAGUUAAUAAUUAAGGAAGUUUAUCUAAAACAUGUACUUAUAAUAAUCUCCAUACACUUGAUGUUUAUGUGUGCCAUAUUUCACUGGUGUAAGACCGAAUAUGUACCUAAUGAUUUAUUUGCAUUAGGGUUGGUUUGGUUUCGAUUAAGUUGAAAAUAAAUUAUCUCUAUGUUUUAAGUUUCUA